AUGCAAACAAACGCCUUGCUCAAGUUGGCUUUGUGCCUUCUCACACUCAACAUCAAUCCUACCUCUGCAUUUUGGCGUCUACCAUGCCAGAACCCAAUUGUGGUUCAGAGAGCUGACCCAGUUAUCUCUCCAGGUAGUGUAUCAGCGCAUGUUCACACUAUCAUGGGUGGUAAUGGAUUUGCUUUUAACAUGAACUAUGCUUCCACCCAGGCCUCAACUUGCUCUUCUUGUACAGUCACAAAGGAUCUUUCCAAUUAUUGGACUCCAACAUUGUUUUACAGAGCUCAAAAUGGCAGUUUCAUCUCUGUCGGUCAAAAUGGUGGUGUUACAGUUUAUUACUUGCAGCGCAGUGACCCAUUAGAUCCCGAGUACUCCAAAGGUCUUUUGGCCUUUCCCCCCGGCUUUAGAAUGGUCACUGGUAAUCCUUACCUUCGCUCGUACAAUUCUAGCUCUCUAGCACAACAGGCAAUCACCUAUGUCUGCCUCGGUACUAGUAAUCCUCAAACGAAUGGAUUCCCGAAUUACAAAUGUCCAAAUGGACUCCGAUCACAAGUCUUCUUCCCAUCAUGCUGGGAUGGAAAGAACUUGGAUUCUCCAGACCAUAUGUCCCAUAUGGCUUAUCCUAGUCUUGUGGAUAGUGGUCAUUGUCCUCCCAGUCAUCCAAAGCGCUUUGUCUCUAUUUUCUAUGAGAUUAUUUGGGAAACUCCUGACUUUGCUAACAUGUGGUAUGGUAAUUCUCAACCAUUCGUCUGGGCUAUGGGAGACCCAACCGGCUACGGAUUUCAUGGAGACUUUGUCAAUGGUUGGGAUGUGCCGACAUUACAAAGAGCUGUCAACGAAUGCAACGAUGAUAGUGGAGUCAUUGAAAAAUGUCCCGUUUUCCAACUCACAAGCGAUGCAACUGCAAAUGCUUGCAGAAUUCCUCCAUCAGUUCAUGAGCAAGUCACCGGUGUAAUGUCCAAACUCCCUGGAUGCAAUGAGAUUCAAAGCGGCCCCGCAAAUGCUGUUCAAAAAACUGGAUGUGGUGCUACAACCACCAUCGGUACGCCUAUUUGGCCUUACACUGACGUGACGAAAUCAAAGAGUUUCGCAUACUUGGGAUGUGGCACAGAUCUACCUGGUCAACCUCGAACUUUACAAGGAGCUUCGUUAAAAGAUAAUGCAGGAAUGACAAUCGAAAAAUGUAUCGACUUCUGCAACAGCAAAGGCUUUAGUAUCGCUGGUUUGGAAUAUUCCACAGAGUGCUACUGUGAUAAUAAUAUGCUUGCUGGUAGAGCUCCAGUUCCUGGCGUUUUGGGUGGUUGUACCAUGCCUUGCUCUGGGAAUAAUCAACAAAUUUGUGGAGCAGCUGGUCUAAUUUCACUUUACAAGAAGUGUCCGAAUUCCAAUAGUUGUACUAACGUUCAAUAUCCAUUCAAUGCCGGUUUGAAGAAGCGUAAGUCGGAAGGAAGACGCGAGAGACGUCAAAAACGCGAUAGCGAGCUAGCCUGCCAUUCAAACAAUACCUCUACUUCUUCUGAUUCUGAUUCUGCUUCUACCCUCUGUGAGGUCUUCUAG